UAAUGACCACCUAAAAAAUAUUAACUCCAAAAGAUUAUAAAUUGCUUUAACAAUGUAUGUAGCCAGAGAAAUGCACAAGUUGCACUCAAAUUAAUUAAAUAAAUAAAAGACAAAAAAUAUGAUUAAUUAAAAAGAAAAAAAAAUAAUGAAAUAGCAUGACCAAUCACAUUACUCUAUCUUCAACUUGAGAACAGAGCCGAACAGAUCAUUUGUUUGUUCCCUAAACUCUUGGAGCAAAAAAAUCUCCAAACACGAAGCAGCCAUGGCUGUUGUUUCAGAUUCUUCUUCUUUGAUUCUCUUCUUUUUCAUAUGUCUCCUCUCUCUAUCUGUAAUUUCAUCAUCUCAUUCUCAUCCGAUCGAUGAUGCUCCACAGACUUUCAUCGUCCACGUGUCAAAAUCCCACAAGCCUUCCUUUUUCACUUCCCACCACCACUGGUAUUCCUCCAUCAUCAAAUCCCUCCCUCCUUCUCCUCACCCCACUAAGCUUCUCUACUCCUACGAAAAAUCCAUUAAUGGCUUCUCCGCCACUCUCACUGCUGCUCAGGCCGCUAAGCUACGCGACUUUGCUGGGGUCAUCUCCGUUGUUCCAGACCAAGCCCGUCAGCUCCACACCACCCGGACUUACCGGUUCUUGGGCCUCGCAGAUGGGUUUGGGCUCUGGCCUAAUUCCGAUUACGCAGAGGACGUUGUGAUUGGAGUUUUGGACACUGGGAUUUGGCCUGAACGACCGAGUUUCUCCGAUUCCGGUUUGUCUGCGGUUCCGUCCGGUUGGAAAGGGACUUGCGAGAGCGGACCCGAUUUCCCGGCUUCGAGUUGUAACAAGAAGAUUAUUGGAGCGAAAGCCUUCUACAACGGCUACCUUGCGAAAUUGGGGGGAUCCAUUGUUGGAUCUAAGGAAUCGAAAUCACCCAGAGAUACAGAAGGUCAUGGCUCCCAUACGGCUUCCACGGCUGCCGGAGCUGUGGUCUCGAACGCGAGUUUUCUCCAUUACGCUCAGGGAGAAGCCAGAGGAAUGGCGACCAAAGCCCGAAUCUCCGUCUACAAAAUCUGCUGGAGCUUGGGAUGUUUCGAUUCGGAUAUCUUAGCAGCCAUGGACCAAGCGAUUUCCGAUGGUGUUCAUAUAAUUUCUCUUUCCGUUGGGGCAAAUGGACACUCGCCGCCGUACUAUUUGGACUCGAUCGCAGUUGGGGCAUUCGGGGCAUCCCAACAUGGCGUCUUGGUUUCCUGCUCCGCUGGAAACUCCGGUCCCAACCCUUCCACUGCUACCAACAUCGCUCCUUGGAUACUGACCGUCGGUGCUUCCACCAUCGACAGAGAGUUCCCGGCCGAUGUCGUUUUGGGUGACGGUAGAGUUUUAAACGGCGUGUCUCUGUACGCAGGAGAGCCUUUGGCUGCCGAUGCAAAGCUUUCGUUGAUCUACGCCGGUGAUGCAGGAAAUAGGUACUGCUAUUCUGGGUCUCUCAUUGCCUCUAAAGUCGCCGGAAAGAUUGUCGUUUGCGACCGUGGCGGUAACGCAAGAGUGGAAAAAGGUAGUGCUGUUAAGCUCGCAGGUGGUCUUGCUUUAGUGUUAGCUAAUACAGAAGACAGUGGGGAAGAGCUCAUAGCUGAUUCUCAUCUUAUACCAGCGACCAUGGUUGGUCAGAUUAAUGGUGAUAAAAUCAAACAGUAUAUAAAAUCAAGUGAUGAUCCAACGGCUACUAUUCUGUUUCGGGGGACUGUAAUUGGGUCAUCCCCUGCUGCUCCAAAGGUAGCUGCUUUCUCGAGCCGCGGUCCGAGUUCUCUCACCCCAGAAAUCCUAAAACCGGAUGUUAUAGCACCUGGGGUCAACAUUUUAGCUGGAUGGACUGGCUCGGUUGGUCCAACAGAUUUGGAUAUUGAUCCAAGGCGUGUUGAGUUCAAUAUAAUCUCAGGUACUUCAAUGUCUUGCCCACAUGUUAGUGGGCUUGCAGCUCUGCUUCGAAAGGCUUACCCUGAUUGGUCACCGGCUGCUAUAAAAUCUGCUCUGAUGACAACAGCUUACAACUUGGACAAUUCUGGUGAGACUUUUGAUGAUCUUGCAUCAGGGGAAAAAUCAACACCUUUCAUUCAUGGAGCAGGACAUGUUGAUCCCAACAAAGCUCUCAAUCCGGGUUUGGUUUAUGAUCUUGAUGUUAAUGAUUAUGUGGCUUUCCUUUGUUCUAUUGGGUAUGAUUCUAAGCGUAUAUCAAUAUUUGUUAAAGCACCCACUAGAGCUGAUAUUUGUGAAACGACAUUUAACAAAGUUGGGGCUUUGAGUAGCCCUGGUGGUUUGAAUUAUCCAUCGUUUUCGGUUGUUUUCGAUUCACAUCAAGGUUUGGUCAAGUAUAAGAGGGUUGUCAAGAAUGUUGGAAGUGAAGUUGAUGCUGUUUACCAAGUGACAGUGAGUUCACCCCCGGGGAUUGAAAUUAAUGUUUCUCCAAGCAAGCUUGUGUUUAGUGGUGUGAAUCAAACACAAGCAUACGAGGUUACAUUCUCUACUAGUGUUGAUUACAGUAAAUCGGCCAAGUUUGGCUCGAUUGAGUGGACUGAUGGGACUCAUAAAGUUCGAAGCCCAGUUGCUUUUAAGUGGAGCAACAAUGGGGGGCUCAUAGCUUCUGAAUGAGUUAAAAGAGUUGGGAAAGAGAUCCAGCUGCAUUGGGAGUUAUGCAUCCAGCAUUUGCUUUAAUGCCAAAGUUAAUUUAAUUUAAUUUCUUCUUGUACAAAUUUGAAGACUCAGGUGUGACUACGGAGGAUUAUCAUAUACUCUUGCGUUAUUGAUCAGAAAAAAAGGUUGAUUCUCUACUUGUUGGAUUGGUAUAGAAGUGGUAUGCAUAAAUGAUUUACAAGACCAGAGUUUGGAUCUCUUUGGUAAGGCAUUGUUUAACUUCAGUUUCUUAUUUUAGAAAAGAAAGAAGCACAUUCAACCUUCGCUCGUAAAGGUCUUUUUUUUUACUUUUCAAUAUAGUACAAGUACUUCUGAUUUGUGCAUAAGCUGAUCUUUAUGUAAACUCUACUUUGGGGUUGAUCCAAAAUUUAUUUACUCUUUUGAAUUGGCCCUGUUGAUUUAAUUUCAAUGCACAAAAAUAAUAAAUAAAAGGGAGAUGUUGCUUUA